AUGGCCGUGUUUAUUAUAUUGCUAGUGGUGGGGGUUGGAGUGUCAGCAACAUCACCAAGGGAGCCAAAAGAAGGAAUCCCGAUCCCGGUCACGACCAAGUCGAUCGUGCCUGUAAAGUGCGGUCCCAAUUCACACUUCGUGCGACGUUCUAAAAUAUGCCCUCCACAAGAUUGUUCUGCCCUUAUAGACCCAUACUGGUUGUGCGAGGAUCCAGGUUUCAAAGCUGAAUGUAGAUGCAACGACGGCUUUUAUCGUCGGAACGGAACAUGCAUUUCUCGGGACGAGUGCCUCGCACAAUGUGGCCCUCUGGAACGCUACGUGGCCGACAGCAGCGAAUGUCAGAGGACAUGCGCCAACUACAAGGUCACUGCACCACAGAGCCUUUGCAAGCCCUUCUCUGGAUGCGUCUGUGUAAAAGGGCGGGUGAGGCUGAACGAUAACGCUACUGGCCCCUGUGUGCUUCCAAAAGAUUGCCCGGUUCGGAAAUGUCCGCUCCAUGAACACUGGCAAGAUUGUCCCAGUGUAUGCGCCAACGAAACGUGUAUGUCGAAAAGUCCGACUUACAAAUGCCUGUUGCCAGCUAUUCCGCUACCGUGCAAGGGGCGAUGCAUGUGCGACAAGGGAUAUUUGAGGAAUGAGGUUGGAGACUGUGUACGUGAGGAUCAUUGCCCAAUUAAGGAAUGUCCAAUAAACGAAGUGUGGCGCUGCGCCUCUAUGUGCCCGUGGGAUUCCUGCAAGCGUCUCGAGGCCGGCUUCCAAUGUCCGCCGGGCAUCAUAUCAGUAUGCAUACCCGCCUGCGCCUGCAAAGAUGGAUAUCUGAGAAACGAGAAAGGAAUUUGCAUACCAAGGGAAUUAUGUCCGGCAUCUCUUCGUUGCGGUAUAAACGAAGUAGCAGUGGAGUGCGAAGCGUAUCCGCCGCUAACGUGCGAGUCUGUGUACACACUGUACGAGGUGUUAGAGGACCCGCCAUGCAACCCGGGCUGCGACUGCAGGCCUGGUUACUUGAGAAACAAGCGGAACAUUUGCGUACCAAGCGAGUGUUGUCCAACAGUGCCUUCCAACAAAUGUGGACCUAACCAAGAGUACAAGAAAUGCGGUACCAUUUGCGAACCAAGUUGCUCUGAUCUAGAUAACCCACGGCAAGUGUGUCCUGAAGUAUGCGUCGAAGGUUGCUUUUGCAAAGAAGGAUUCCUUAAGGAUGAACACGGAAAUUGUGUUUAUCCAAGUGAAUGUCCUCUACCAAUCUGUACCAAACCAAACGAAGUGGCAAAGGAUUGCGGAUCAUAUUGCGAGAUCAGGACUUGUGAAGACUACAAUAGAACUGACAUCGGCUGCCCCGCCGUGUGCGUACGCGGAUGCUUCUGUCGCAAGGGUUACGUCAGGAACGCGUACGGUGUUUGUAUACACCCGAAAAAAUGCCCGUCAAAGCCAGUGUGCCUUCAAGAGCACGAAGAAUACCAGUCAUGUGGAUCCAGCUGCCCAGACAAUUGUGACAACUAUAAGAACCCCGACCGCAUUUGCACAGCGCAAUGCGUCGCUGGGUGCAACUGCAAGAAAGGCUACGUCAGAAACCUCAAGGACGGCACUUGCAUAAAGCCAGAACAAUGUCCUAUUAAAAAAUGCACAGGCGUUAACGAAGAGCUAAACUACUGCGCCUCCUACUGCCCUGUUACAUGCGCAAACCGCUAUACACAAGGCGACUGGGCUUGCAUCACACUCUGCCGUGUGGCCUGCGACUGCAUUCCUGGCACACUAAUGAACGACACUGGAUCUUGCGUUCCUGUUGAUCAAUGCACACCGCCAAUUUGUAGAGAUAACGAAAAAUAUAUGGAGUGCGGAACCGCAUGUCCGAUAACAUGUGACAAUUAUAAAAAUCCUCCUAAAUUCUGCACUGACCAGUGUAUCGAGGACUGUUUCUGCAAAGAAGGUUACGUCAGAAACCGCUUCGGACGUUGCGUGAAACCAGAAGAUUGUGAACCCAUUUGUCCGGCCGGCGAAAAGUGGAACGAAUGCUCAGCCCAUUGUCAAGAUACUUGUGAAAACUACAACUCCUCAAACAGGUUAUGCACUUACCAGUGUCAAUCUGGAUGCGUGUGUGAGACAGGCACCGUCAGAAGAAAGGAUGGCCAAUGUGUACUACCUACCGAAUGUACCGAAAAGAUCAUCUGCCCCAUAGACGAAGUGUACGAUCCGUGUUCCGCUCAUUGCGAGCCCACCUGCGAGAACCACGGACCGGAUCGCGCGUGUACCGCCAUCUGCAAGCCUGGCUGCAAGUGCCGUGAAGGACUAGUCAGACGGAAGGAUGGCAAAUGCGUGAAGUUGAAAGAGUGCCCCGAAAAGAUCAUCUGCCCCAAAGACGAAGUGUACGAUCAGUGUUCUGCUCAUUGCGAGCCCACCUGCGAGAACCACGGACCGAAUCGCCCCUGUACCAUGAUCUGCACGCCUGGCUGCAAGUGCCGUGAAGGACUAGUCAGACGGAAGGAUGGCAAAUGCGUGAAGGUGAAAGAGUGCCGUGAUCUCUGUCCUUCGAACGAAGUGUACGAUCCCUGCAUUACGCCGAAGUGCCCACCAGGAAAAUCGUGCAUCCAAGCUUGUAGGCCCGGCUGCAGGUGCAAGAAGGGACUAGUGAGAGAUAAGAGAGGAAAAUGUGUCAAUCCCAAGUGCCCAGUUAACGAGCAAUGGGUUGAUUGUGUACUCGCCCUCUGCAUAGCACUGAGGUGCGAUCAGCUCGGCUUUCCUAUCGGCUGUCCGGGCAUUUUUGGACCGUGCGACGGCGGAUGCGUUUGUGCCAAUAACUACGUAAGGGACAGUAACAACGUCUGCAUUCCAAAGCGAAAGUGCCCAAGCUGCAGAAAUGACUUCAACGCUACAUCUGGAUGUGGUAAUCACUGUGGAAGACAAUGCACUGACUACAAGAACCCUCCUAAGUGUAACGCUGCACGGCUUUGUGAAUACAAUGGAUGCGACUGCAAGAAAGGCUAUGUAUGGGACAUAGUUACUGGUCAAUGCCUUGAUCCAGUCGAUUGCCCGGUUCCUUGCAACGGGGACUUAUACGCGGAAAAAGUGGAGUGUCCAAAUCCGUGUCCAGCUACUUGCGCCAGGCCUACCACUGCCAUUUGUCCCAGAGCCUGUCUCAAAGAAGGUUGCCAAUGCAGACCUGGAUUCGUUCUGAAUCCGGAUGGAAAAUGUGUAAGGCCCGAAAAAUGUCCAGAUAAACUCGGAUGCAACGGAGAUCCUAAUGCCCAAAUAAGUAGUUGUGUCUCGCUAUGUGAACCCACCUGUGGAAAGAGUGCUGUAUUUUGCCCUGCAAUAUGCCGACUUGGUUGCAAAUGCAAAAGCGGAUAUAUACUUUCGAAGCCCGGUGGAUUAUGCAUAAAACCUGAAAAAUGUGUCAACGCCACUACCACUACUACGGAGGCGCCGUGUAAGACAGACAGGACAAGACCUAGGCGCGACACGGGCUCGACCACCAAUGACGCGCAUGCGACAGGGUCGACUGGUGGACAACAAAACACGAAUUCUUCGCCAAAUCCAUUAAUAUUAUGCCCUAAUGAUGAAAUUUGGAUUAACUGCAAAGCCGGUUAUUGUAAGCCACAAUACUGCCGAGAUAUAGGCAGACACAUAGCUUGCCCGAAAGUUACCGACUCCUGUCCGGGAGGCUGUAUUUGUAGAAAAGGCCUACUUAGGAGAGAUAGUGAUGGAGUUUGCAUCCCAGAAAAUGAAUGUCCCAUCAAUCAACCUUGUUCUGACCCAAACGCAAUCAGGAAAAAAUGUGCUUCGCAUCAGUCUUGCAGACCAACAUGCUCUGUGCCAAACCCAAACAUCUGCCCUAGAGUAUGCAUUAUAAACGGAUGCGAAUGUAAGAAAGGAUACGUUUUAUCAGGGCCAAGGGGAAUAUGCACGAAAAUAAAGGAUUGUCCCAGUAACGACGUCAGCUGUAAUGGAGAUCCCAAUGCGGUGAUAAAGGCAUUCCCCCCGCCUUGUCCGCCAACGUGCAAGACUCCAAACGGGAUCCCGGGAUGUUUGAUGAUAGGGCAGGACGUAGGAUGCGUAUGUAAACGUGGAUACAUAAAAGACGACAACGACAAAUGCAUUCUACCGGAUGACUGCAAAGGUGGAAAUCCUUGCGGACCAAAUUCAACAUUUGUGCCCUGCAACGUCCGUUGCAAAAAUGGGUAUUGUCCAGUCGAUGAUAAGCCGGUGACUACUCCUUGCGAACAACCUGACCCCUGUCCAAGCGGCUGUGCUUGCAAAAUUAACUAUAAAAGAAAAAGCAUCAAUGACGACAGAUGUAUAUUGGCUGCGACCUGCCCUCGGGUUAAUUGUACUCGCCCUCAUGAAAUUUGGAAUCCCUGUCCCGAAUGUCUAGCAGAAAGCUGUGCAGACGUUAACAACCAACCUACCACGUGCAAUACAUUGCUCUUGAACUGCCAGCCGCAGUGCGUCUGUAAAAAGGGAUAUUUAAGGAAUAGCACUAUAAGCGACGGUUUUACCAAAGAUAAAUGCAUUCCAGCAAAAGAUUGCCCCCAAAACAAGCCCUGUGAAGACCCCAACGCGGAGAGGGUGCAAUGCGCACCUGACCCCUCCUGCCGGUCGACCUGCGCCACGCCCAAUCCAUCGCCUUGCAAAGAGAUUUGCGUGAUUAAUCAAUGUGUCUGCAAAAAAGGCUACGUUUUGUCGAAGAAGGGUGGAAAGUGCAUACCCGUAGAUAAGUGUCCAAAAGAUAAACCCUGCAACGGAGACUGGAAUGCCGUCAUAAAGGUCAACCCGAUCCCUUGCCCGUCGACUUGCAGCGUUCCCAACGCUAGCCCUGGGUGCAAGAGGUACGCCCCGCCGGUGGGCUGCGAAUGCAAGCCAGGCUACCUCCUCAAUGAUAAAGACAAGUGUAUUAAACCUGAUCAAUGUCCAGAUGGCAACCCUUGUGGGAAAAACGCAACGUUUGUACCGUGCGUCGUCAACUGUCCCACCAACAACUGCCCAGUAGGCGAAAGUAAAGGAAUCAUCGCCUGCAGGCCGCCGCACCCGUGCCCCAGCGGCUGCUCAUGCAAAAAGGGGUAUAAGAGAAAGAGCAGUUCGGAUUACACGUGUAUUUUGGAGUCGGAUUGUCCUAAUAACAAAUGCAGUGACCCAAAUGCAGAGAGAGUGAAGUGUGCGCCGCCAGCCGAAUGCCGGGCGACUUGUGCAAAUCCGAAUCCCAAGCCUUGCAUUUCACAAAUCUGUAUAAAAAAUGAAUGUGUCUGCAAAAAAGGCUACGUUUUGUCAAAGAAGGGUGGCAAGUGCAUACCCGUAGAUCAGUGUCCAAAAGAUAAACCCUGCAACGGAGACUGGAACGCUGUUAUAAAGGCCAACCCGAUCCCUUGCCCUUCGACUUGCAGCGUUCCCAACGCUGACCCUUGGUGCAAGAGGUACGCCCCGCCGGUGGGCUGCGAAUGCAAGCCAGGUUACCUCCUCAAUGACAAAGACAAGUGUAUUAAACCUGAUCAAUGUCCAGAUGGCAACCCUUGUGGGAAAAACGCAACGUUUGUACCGUGCGUCGUCAACUGUCCCACCAACAACUGCCCAGUAGGCGAAAGUAAAGGAAUCAUCGCCUGCAGCCCGCCGCACCCGUGCCCCAGCGGCUGCUCAUGCAAAAAGGGGUAUAAGAGAAAGAGCAGUUCGGAUUACACGUGUAUUUUGGAGUCGGAUUGUCCUCCACCGAUAAAAUGCAAAAAAUACGAAGUAUACAACCCGUGUAGUUAUACAUGUCCCCCUCAAACGUGUGACUCCAUCCGCACCAGUUACAACUGUGAGGGCGCCCCGAAAUGCGUGCCUGGCUGCGACUGCAUACCCGAGUACUUGAGGAACGGGACGGAAAAGGACCCCUGUAUACCUAGCGAGCUGUGCCCACAACCCGAACCAGUAUGCGGCACCAACGAACAUUAUGAAAUAAAUACAAUCAAGUGCGAUCUGACUUGCAAAAACUACCACUUGGAACCAGUAAUGGGUCCUUGUAAGCCAACCAGCGCCUGCUUCUGCGAUGAUGGCUACGUCAGAAACUCUAAUGGAUUGUGCAUUCCAAAGAAGAAAUGCCCUCAAAAUUUAGUAUGCCCUCCGAACGAAGUGGUGUCUGAAUGUUACAACAGCUGCCUCAUGACCUGCAAGACCAGGUUUCGGAGCGACGGUAGAAUGUGCCACCUGGCCUGCAUCGAGACCGGCUGCGUUUGUAAGGAAGGCUACCUGAGGCACGACAAUGGCACUUGUGUUCCCAUCAGCCAGUGCUCGCCACCUCGCUGCAAUGAUGAUGAAACCUACUCGAAGUGCGGUACCGCGUGCCCCCCGACUUGUCAGAACAGAGGCGACAAUUGCACAGCCUGCACUGAACAGUGCGUCGAGGGUUGCUUCUGCAAAAAGGGCCUCGUGCGCGCUGAUGACGGCUGCUGUAUCAAUCCUAAAUGCUGCCCGCGUCGCGUCUGUGGUCCUAACGAAGUAUUCGACCCAUGCCCCCCUACGUGUCCUCCUACGGAUAACUGCUCGAACAUGUGGUCAAAGUUUGACUGCUCCAAAGCUAUCAAGUGCUGCAAGCCUCGGUGUAGUUGCAAAUCUGGCUACCUCAGAAAGAAUACAGUCUGCGUUCCUACUGAACAAUGUUUGACUUAAUUAAGGAUCGAUCACACUGUUACUUGACGCAGCGUAAACGCAUUGCCCCGUCUUAAGCUCUGGUUUCCUAGGAUAG